CUGACGCCGUGUCUCUCGGAAGAGUCGCCUCUUCUUCGUCCAGCUGCAGAGCGGAAGAAGCCGACGGUUUCCUGAGACAGGAAAAGCUCAGAGUCCGGAGGCAAGCCGUGGCUUCUCCCCACGCAGACCUGCUGUUUGACACGAGGACACACAAACUGUCCGUUACCGUGGGUAAGAACGGGGCUCGAGCCGCUCACCUCCGGUUGGUGUCCCGCCUCGCCUCGGUGAGAGAUGGACUGGCUGUGCGGACCAGAGCUCCCCUUCUGGGUGACCAAUGAGACGUUUCACACAAAUCGGCCUGACCUCCCGGAGUGUUUCCAGCUCUCUGUACUGUCAUGGCUGCCAUGCAUCUUCCUGUGGGGCGCCUUUCCUGUUUAUCUCUUCUACCUAAAGAUGAACAAGAAAGGAUACAUCAUGAUGUCUCUUCUGAACAGGAUCAAAACAGUGUUGGGUUUGUUCCUGUGGAUUGUGUGUUGGACAGAUCUCUUCUACACGUUCCACGAGCUGCGGCAGGGUCACAGCCAGCAGCCUAUUUACUUCAUCACCCCGCUGGUGCUGGGAAUGACCAUGCUGCUGGCCACAUUUCUGAUCCAGUAUGAAAGGUUACGUGGGGUUCAGUCCUCAGGGGUCCUCUUCAUCUUCUGGUUCCUGUCUGUGGUAUGUGCCAUUGUGCCUUUCCGCUCCAAGAUCCUAAUGGCCUCCAGCCAGAGCAACGUCCCGGACAAGCUGCGAUUCACCACCUUCUACUUCUACUUCGGGCUGGUGGUGUGUGAGCUGAUCCUCUGCUGCUUCAAUGAGAAACCUCCUCUUUUCUCCGACGCUGUCACUGACCCUAAUCCCUGCCCUGAAACCACAGCGGGGUUUCUUUCCAGCGUGACGUUUUGGUGGUUCACAAGUUUGGCCAUGAAAGGUUACAAAAUGCCCCUGGAAGCCAAAGACCUGUGGUCCCUGAACCAGCGCGACAGCUCUAAGGUGAUGGUGCCUCAACUCCUCAAAGAGUGGGAGAAGGAGCAGGCCAAGGCCAAGAGGUACGUGAGAGGCGGACCACCGGAUGAAAGCAGUCCAGAGGAAAUAGAGGUGCUGCUGUCCAGUCAGAAGGCCGCUCUCCACCAGCCGUCCUUCCUGCGUGCACUCAUCAAAGCCUUCGGCCCCUACUUUCUAAUUGGCUCAGCCUUCAAACUCCUGCAGGAUGUCAUCACCUUUGUCAACCCCCAGCUGCUCAGGAUGUUGAUCUCAUUCACAAAACAGCAGGAUGUUCCUGAUUGGUGGGGGUACGCACUAGCCUUCCUCAUGUUCUUCACAGCCUUGCUGCAAACUCUCAUCCUCCACCAUCACUUUCAGUACUGUUUCAUCACUGGAAUGCACGUCCGCACAGCCAUCAUAGGAGCCAUCUACAGGAAGGCAUUGGUGAUUACUAAUGCUGCCAAACGUUCCUCCACGGUGGGAGAGAUAGUAAACCUGAUGUCUGUGGAUGCACAAAGGUUCAUGGACCUCACCACCUUUCUCAACAUGCUGUGGUCUGCUCCUCUGCAGAUUAUGCUGGCACUGUAUUUCCUCUGGCAGAACCUCGGUCCGUCUGUGCUUGCUGGAGUGGCUGUCAUGGUCUUGCUCCUCCCAUUUAAUGCUUUCAUCGCCAUGAAGACACGAGCCUACCAGGUGGAACAGAUGCAGUACAAGGACCAGCGCAUCAAGCUCAUGAACGAGAUUCUGAAUGGCAUCAAAGUUCUCAAGCUGUAUGCCUGGGAGAACUCGUUCAAAGACAAAGUCCUGGCCAUCCGGCAGAACGAGCUCAAUGUUCUGCGCAAGACAGCCUACCUGGGAGCGCUGUCCACCAUGGCCUGGACCAGCGCCCCUUUCCUGGUCGCCUUGACAACGUUUGCCGUGUAUGUGACGGUAGAUGAGAAAAACAUCCUGGAUGCGGAGAAGGCCUUUGUGUCGCUCUCGCUCUUCAACAUCCUCAGGUUUCCACUCAACAUGCUUCCUCAAGUGAUCACUGGCCUUGUGCAGGCCAGCGUCUCAUUGAAGCGAAUCCAAAGUUUCCUGAGUCACGAUGAGUUGGACCCAAACUCCGUGGACAGGAAGAACACGGGGACAGAGUUUUCAGUCUCGAUAGUUAAUGGAAGGUUCACGUGGGCGAAAGAAGAUCCUCCUGUUCUACACAACAUUAAUGUGAUGGUGCCUCAGGGCUCCCUGCUGGCUGUCGUGGGCCACGUGGGCUGCGGAAAAUCCUCCUUGAUCUCUGCACUGCUGGGCGAUAUGGAAAAACUGGAGGGCGAGGUUUCUGUUCAGGGGUUGGUGGCUUUCGUUCCUCAGCAGGCCUGGAUACAAAAUGCCACUCUGCGGGACAACAUCCUGUUUGGAAAAAGCUACGAUGAGCAGAAAUACCGCCGCGUGUUGGACGCCUGCGCUCUAACACCGGACCUGGAAGUUCUGCCCGGAGGAGACAUGACUGAGAUAGGAGAGAAGGGCAUCAACCUGUCUGGUGGCCAGAGACAGAGGGUGAGCCUGGCUCGAGCUCUGUACAGUGAUGCUGACGUCUACCUGCUGGACGACCCCCUGUCCGCAGUGGACGCUCAUGUGUCCAAACACAUCUUUGACAACCUUAUUGGUCCUGAGGGUCUCCUGAAGGGCAAGACACGCAUCCUGGUGACACACGGCAUCAGCUUCCUGCCUCAGGUGGACAACAUUGUGGUGAUGGUGGAUGGUAGGGUGUCAGAGAUGGGCUCAUAUGUGGAUCUGUUGAAGCAGAAUGGAGCGUUUGCCGAGUUUCUCAGGAACUACGCUCUGGAAGACUUGGUCGAAGAGGAUGAGGCCACCGAAGAUUUAAUGGACGAAGAUGAACUCUUCCCCGAUGACGUCCUAAGUAAUCACACAGACAUGGUGGACAACGAACCUGUGAUCAAUGAAGCUAAGAAAAGCUUCCUGAGACAGAUCAGCAUUCUUUCAUCAGAAGGAGACGGCUCACGAUGCCGCUCAGUGAGGAGACAUGGCUGCAGCCAAAGGAAGCACGGGGAGCCUCAGGAGAAGAAUAAACCACAGGAAAUGGAGAAGCUGAUCCAGGCAGAGACGGCAGAAACGGGCCGGGUGAAAACCAAAGUGUACGUGGAGUAUGCCAAAGCAGUGGGACUGCUGCUCUCAGUGAUCAUCAUCCUGCUGUACGGCUGCCAGAGCGCCGCCGCCAUCGGAGCCAACAUCUGGCUCAGCCAGUGGACCAACGACGAAGCUAUGAAUCGGACCGCAGAGAACGUUCACAUGAGGGUGGGGGUGUACGCAGCGCUGGGCAUUGCACAAGGUGUCCUGGUCAUGAUCUCUUCCUUCACUCUAGCCAUGGGGAACAUUGGUGCAGCCAGGAAGCUGCACUUUAACCUGCUUGCCAACAAACUUCACACGCCCCAGUCUUUCUUUGACACCACACCUAUAGGACGCAUCAUCAACCGCUUCUCCAAGGACAUCUACGUCAUAGACGAGGCGCUGCCGUCCACUGUGCUCAUGUUCCUGGGCACCUUCUUCCUUUCUCUCUCCACCAUGAUAGUUAUCAUUAGCAGCACGCCCUUUUUUGCUAUUGUCAUUGUGCCCCUGACUGCCAUAUACAUCUUUGUCCAGAGAUUUUAUGUUGCCACGUCUCGGCAGCUUAAGCGUCUGGAGUCGGUCAGCCGCUCUCCCAUAUACUCCCAUUUCUCUGAGACCGUCACUGGCGCUAGUGUAAUCCGAGCCUAUAGCAGACACGCUGCCUUUGUUCUGAUGAGUGAUAUAAAAGUGGAUGAGAACCAAAAGAGUUACUACCCUGGUAUAGUGUCCAACAGGUGGCUCGGGGUGCGUAUCGAGUUCAUCGGGAACUGCAUUGUGUUGUUCGCUGCUCUGUUCGCUGUAAUAGGAAAGAAAAGCCUCAACCCUGGCCUUGUGGGUCUGUCGGUGUCAUACGCUCUCCAGGUGACCAUGUCUCUGAACUGGAUGGUGCGGAUGACAUCAGACCUGGAGAGCAACAUCGUAGCAGUGGAGAGAGUGAAGGAGUACUCGGAGACCAAGACAGAGGCCCCCUGGGAGGUGGAGGACAAGAAGCCCCCUUCUGAAUGGCCCAUGAAUGGGAACGUGGAGUUCCACAACUACAGCGUCCGGUACCGCGAGGGUCUGGACCUUGUCCUGAAGAACCUCACACUUAAUGUGAAAGGAGGAGAGAAGAUCGGCAUUGUGGGUCGCACAGGGGCUGGGAAGUCCUCCAUGACGCUCUGCCUCUUCAGACUGCUGGAAGCUGCUGGAGGUGAAAUCACCAUUGAUGAUGUGAAGAUAGCAGAGAUAGGGCUGCACGACCUGAGGUCCAAACUCACCAUCAUUCCACAGGAGCCCGUGCUGUUCUCUGGGACCCUGCGAAUGAACCUGGACCCCUUUGACAAGUACAGCGACGAAGACGUGUGGAAAGCCCUGGAGCACUCUCACCUCCACAAGUUUGUCAGCAACCAGGCGGCAAAACUAGAGCUGGAGUGUUCGGAGGGAGGAGAGAACCUCAGUGUGGGCCAGAGGCAGCUGGUGUGCUUGGCUAGAGCACUCCUGAGGAAGACGAGGAUCCUCAUCCUGGAUGAAGCUACGGCUGCUAUAGACUUGGAGACAGAUGAUCUCAUCCAGUCCACCAUAAGGACUCAGUUUGAAGACUGCACCGUCUUCACUAUUGCACAUAGACUUAACACUAUCAUGGACUACACAAGGGUGCUCGUGUUGGACAAGGGACAGAUAGCGGAGUUUGAUACUCCCACAAACCUCAUAUCCCAAAGAGGAAUCUUCUACGGCAUGGCGAAAGACGCAGGACUGGUGCAGUAGGUCUGCCUUCGUCUC